AGCUUCUCUAAGGUGGAGGUGGGAGUGGUGCACAGGUGGUCAUCUCCCUUUCUUCUGGCAUGUUCCGCGUUGUAACCCAGCUGAGUGCUGUACACCUGGAGGGCAUUGGGUGUGAUUGGCAUGGAUUGGAGUGACCAGUAGAUUCUCCCUCUGUCCUCAGAGCCAUCAUGAAGCUGAACGGCCACCAGCUGGAGAACCACGCCUUGAAGGUCUCCUACAUCCCUGAUGAGCAGAUAGCACAGGGUCCCGAGAACGGGCGCCGAGGCGGCUUUGGCUCUCGGGGUCAGCCCCGCCAGGGCUCUCCUGUGGCAGCAGGAGCCCCAGCCAAGCAACAGCAAGUGGACAUCCCCCUGCGGCUCCUUGUGCCCACCCAGUACGUGGGCGCCAUCAUUGGCAAGGAGGGCGCUACCAUCCGCAACAUCACGAAACAGACCCAGUCCAAGAUCGACGUGCACAGGAAGGAGAACGCAGGCGCUGCCGAGAAGGCCAUCAGCGUGCACUCGACCCCCGAGGGCUGCUCCUCUGCCUGUAAGAUGAUCUUGGAGAUUAUGCACAAGGAGGCAAAGGACACCAAAACGGCUGACGAGGUUCCCCUGAAGAUCCUGGCCCAUAAUAAUUUCGUGGGGCGUCUCAUUGGCAAGGAGGGGCGCAACCUGAAGAAGGUGGAGCAGGACACAGAGACGAAAAUCACCAUCUCUUCGCUACAGGACCUCACCCUCUAUAACCCCGAGAGGACCAUCACCGUGAAGGGCGCCAUCGAGAACUGCUGCCGGGCCGAGCAGGAGAUCAUGAAGAAAGUUCGGGAAGCCUAUGAGAAUGACGUGGCUGCCAUGAGUCUGCAGUCUCACCUCAUCCCCGGCCUGAACUUGGCUGCUGUAGGCCUUUUUCCAGCCUCCUCCAGUGCAGUCCCACCACCUCCCAGCAGCGUCACCGGAGCUGCCCCCUACAGCUCCUUUAUGCAGGCUCCAGAGCAGGAGAUGGUGCAGGUGUUCAUUCCUGCCCAGGCAGUGGGCGCCAUCAUCGGCAAGAAGGGGCAGCACAUCAAACAGCUCUCCCGUUUCGCCAGCGCUUCCAUCAAGAUUGCUCCUCCUGAAACUCCGGACUCCAAACUUCGUAUGGUCAUCAUCACUGGACCCCCAGAGGCCCAAUUCAAGGCUCAGGGAAGAAUUUAUGGAAAACUCAAGGAGGAGAACUUCUUUGGUCCCAAGGAGGAAGUAAAGCUGGAGACCCACAUCCGGGUGCCAGCGUCGGCAGCUGGCCGGGUCAUUGGCAAAGGUGGCAAAACGGUGAAUGAGCUGCAAAAUUUGACAGCAGCUGAGGUGGUGGUGCCGAGAGACCAGACCCCUGAUGAGAACGACCAGGUCAUCGUCAAGAUCAUCGGGCAUUUCUAUGCCAGCCAGAUGGCUCAGCGGAAGAUACGAGACAUCUUGGCCCAAGUCAAACAGCUGCACCAAAAGGGACAGAGUAACCAGGCCCAGGCCCGGAGGAAGUGACGGGCCCCUACCCAUCACGUCGGCUCAAGGACAACAGGCCGAAAUCGAGAGCACGUUCUCCCCAGCAGGCCUGAGAAUGAGCGCGAAUCAGGGACACUUGGGCCGGGAUGUAGAUCAGGUUUGCCCACUUGCUUGAGGAAGUUGUUCCAGUGAGGAACCCUGAUCUCUCAGCCCUAAACACCCAACCAAUUGGCCCAACACUGCCCACCCCUGAGGGUGUCACCAUGGAAAUUCUAGCUCAGGGUGCUUUUAAACGUGGAUUGUUUAAGUUCUCUAGGUCCCACCGAGAGGGUGGGUCAGACCCCAGUGGGAAGAGAAAUAAAAUUUCCUUCAGGCUUUUAAAACACGCAGAGGGGUGUUUUAAUCAACCUCAAAGGAUGGUUUACUUCUUGACCCUAAGAUCCUUCCAACCUUCUACUUGGUUUAUUGAUUAAAAUACCUCUAUUCUUGUGCCCUGACAUAGCCUUUUCGUAUAUUCACGCUGGUUAUGUUACCUUUCUGCUACUGGCAAAAGUGAGAACCAAUCCAUUGCUUUGCUUACGUUAUUGACUCGAAGGGAGAAGACACAUUGGCAUCUGUAGAUUAAUUCCAAUCCCUUCCUAACCAGCCAGUAGGAAUGGCAAGGAAUGGGGGAGAAAUGGGGAGAAAGGUGAUUGAACUGUACAGUAAUCCACGUUUAAAAGGAGUGCCCUUGUGGCUGAUUGAUUCCAGAUCACCACCUUGAAAAAUUGGCACAGUUCAAAUUUCCCGCUCUGUUGGGGCUUCCCCACUAGGAUUCCCGCCCCGUUCAUGUCCCUCUAACCACGUAAGUCCCACGUCAUGUCCAGGUGCACAUGGGUGGUACUGACUGCUCAGCGGGAUAGGGGCUGACCACUGUACUGUCCCUGAUUCCUAUCAUUCUCAGGCAGAUUUUAUAUUUUUUUAAAGUCUAUUUUAAUGAUUGGAUACGAGCACUGGGAAGGGGACACUAACGCCCCUUGAUAAAGUCUCAGUUCCAUGGAGGACUUGAGUGGCCCCAAAGGCUGCCACUGUGCCCUCACGCCAGCCCAUGUGCUCCCAUAAGGGCUGGUUCCCAGAAGCAGGGGUUGCGGGGCACUCCCCCCCACGGCACUGUUCCCUUGGUGGUGGUGGGACGUGGAACCCGACCCUCGGCUCCUGAUAAAGCUGAAGUCCAUCAUUUGGCAUCUUUCAUGACUGUUCAGUAAAUUGGAGAGAAAAUUUGCUUCUGUUUCUAUCCUAGAGGCCUAUUGAACUGAUGGCUUCUGCCUCCACGAGUCGUUGGCAUGACGUUACGUGUGCCUAAAAAAAACAAAAUUCAAAAUACCAGCAACGUUGUGCACAAAGGGGUAAACAAGCUUAAUUUAUUAAUUUUCCAGGCUCAGCAAGAUCCCGUUUUCAGUUCAGCCCUUGUGGAAGACUUAUCAGCCAUCAGUUAAAUGAGGUUAGGCCUCCCCUCCAGACGUACUGACCGUCAGUGCAUGUUAGCCAGGUGGUGCACUUUAGCUACCUUGGACAAUGCUAUCAAGUGUGCUGGGAAGGGAGGAAGGCCUCCCGCAUGUGGACGAGCCCAUGCUCUGGACUCCCCUCCUUCCGACAUUGCAACAACGACAGUAACAACCAGACAACCUUGACAUGUGGGCGGAGUCAGUCAGGUAAUGCUGUGCGCGAAGUAAACUACCUCAAGGUAUGAAGUUACCUCAGCAAUUACUUUCCUCUUUGUUCCCCCACCUCUUUUUUUUUAAUCUUUUUUUUUCUUUGCGGCUUGCUGAUAUUUUAUAUAAAAAAGAAAAGAAGCAAAAGAGAAGCUGAUAGUCUUGAAUAUUUUAUUUUUUUAAUGAAAAGAAAAAAAAACGAGAAAGUUAUGUUUCAUAAUUUCUUACAACAUGAGCCAGUGUAACCCUUUAGGAACUCUCUAUGGAGAACAGGCCCUGUGGGAAAGGCAGCUGGAGCUGCCCCUUGGACGGAGGCUGGGCCGAGUGGGGGAAGGCCCAUGCGUGUGAGAGAGCCCAGGGCCAGGCUCUGAUCUCCUAAGCCACCAGCCUCUCCCAGGAAAAUCCUGCCUGAUGAGAUUAACAGGCCCAGCAGAACUGCGGCCCCAAGGGCGAAACAACAGCCCCUCCAACGGCCGGCCUGUGGUCUCCCCUCCCCGCUUUGGUUAAAGGGCACCCCAGUCGGUUUUUCCCACUAGUGGUGCUGUUGAGAUAUUUAAAAAUAUUGCCUCCGUUUUAUCGAGGAGAGAAAUAAUAACUAAAAAAAGAUACCCUUUAAAAAAUCUAUACUUCUCUGUCUAAAAAUAUGGGAGCCAAGAUUCCAUUAGUGGAAGAGACAAAGCCAUCCUCUCGCCCUCAGAGAGGUCCACCUGAUUUGUUGUUGCAGUGCUUUUCACUUUUUGUUCUUGUUAUUUCAUUUCAAUCCCGUCUUGCUAUUCUCGGUCUUUUAUCAACAGACCAAGGGGCAAACAGUUAACUGCCCCCUCUGUCUCCCCGUCUUCUUUCGAUUGAUCUGAUGGACUCUUAACCGUGGACCCAAACUUACCAAAUUCUUGAUUUAGGGUGGUGGGUGGCAAGGAGGGGCAGGGGAUUCGGGAAUGUGACUGGGGACAGGUUCCUGCCUCAUUUGUGUCUUGUCACUCUCUCCCCAUGACAUUCCUGGAUAGCCCCCAGAACUGUCUACCCCAAAGAGGAGGAGGCAGGAAAGCAUUUAGGGAUGCUAUCAGGCCAGUAUAAUUAAGCUUCCCACCUGUCCAAACCACAAAAAAAAAAAAGGGUCUCCCAACUUCUCUUUCUGGCUCUCUACGCUUUAUUCCAAGAUGAAGCAGAUAACGUUCAGACGUCGGCCGUUUAGUGAUGUAAGGUGAAUUUCCGGCAGCAAGCAUGCUUUGAUAUCCGGUUCAAACGCUACCAUCGGAAUAAAAUCCCCACAGUACCUGAAAUGUGAUUGUUGCAGUGUUCAGUUUCCUUGGGAUCCGGCUCCCUUCACACCUGAAGCCCACUUCCUUUCCCUUUCGCUGACUCAGCUCCCAGAAGAGACCAGGAGUGUGGCAAGGGACUGUCAGACUUGACCUGGACUAGGCACGGCUGAUACUCGCCCAGCAGGAAAAUGGUGGAAGUUACGCUACCAGAAAGCAAAGGAAUAUGGUUUGGUGGUUAAGGUUUAGCAGGAUAAAAGGCCUGUCUUGGUGGGUCUGCCCUUGACCUGUAGACGAGGGCUUUGGGCACCUCAUGCCCGCCUGCACAUCACCUCCAUUUCCCCAUCCUUGGUGAGAUAACAACGUGAAACGCACUUGGGAGGUUUGGUUGAUUUGAGAAAAACGACUUUGAAAAAAAAAACAGCUUCUGUGCUCUGAUAUGUGUGUGAGCUACAUAUAUAUUUUGAAGAAAGGACCAUCACUUUGGGAAAUAUUGUUUAAUUCUGUGGAACACGUAAAAAACCAAAAUGGUUUGAUUCCCUGACUUUGAAGCUGCAUCUGACAGUGACACCCAAUGGCUUGAAACCCCUCGAGGGUCUGCUUGCCUUUUGCAGUUUGGGUUGUGGACUUGGCUCUUAGGGAGGGGUCUGGGGAGGAGAGAGCUGUUUUUAGGGACAGGGAGUUUCAUCACCUUCUCUUUCCUCCCCUUCACCUGGUCCUUCUCAGUCUUUUUCCCUUUACCCUGAGCUCUCCACUUCUGGGGGGCGGUUGGGGGCUGUUAAGUUAUGCCUCACGAUUGGCAGAAAAGACCCUGUGUAAAACCCAGAGAACACUGGAGGGGAACACUCCAGUUGGUUCUGUGUGUCCGUUUUCCUCUGUGCCAAAGACAGACAGACAGAGGCUGAGAGACGCCAUUUCUGAAUCGAAGCAAUAACCAUCUUUUGACGUAGACCUGGGCUGUCUGAGUGGGGGAGGGCUCCCGGACGCAGCGUGGGCUUGGAGACCCGCCCCUUCCCUUCUGAGGCUCCUGGGGGAUUGGGGGCGGUACGUGCCAGGGGGCGGGGAGCUGAGAAGGGGGUCCGAUGGCUCCUGGUUGCACUUUGGAGGAGGAGGGGAAGUUCGGGGCUCCUCCGAGUGGGGCUGUGCUCUGUCCCCUGACCCCACUGCAGAGGCAGCACUGCGAGUUCUCUUCAGGCCUGGCAGACUGGCAACGAGGAGGGGCCUCAGUUAGCUCUCAAGGGUGCCUUCCCCUCCUCCCACCCCAGACGUACCCUCUGCCAAACUGGGAACAGCAGUACUACAUAACUACCUCACAGAGCCCCAGAGGGACUGCCCGAGCUUCUGCCUCCAGUCCAGCCUUCCCCUCCUCCUCCUGGCUCAGGGGUGGGGAGUCCCCUUUCCCCCCUGAAGUGUGGGUGGGGAGAUCCUAGUGGCUUUUGCCGUUCAGACCCCG